CGCCGCCGCCGCCUCGGCCUUGAGCACGGGGCGCAUCCCCGCGGCCGCGACCGUUCAGUUCAAACUCUACCGCCGCGUCCGGCAGACGCGGCUUCGGUGUCGACAACCCUUUACCCCUCUUAACCCAGUGUUUGUGCUCCCUGUGCGUGUGACCUUUGAACCAGUCAAAAUGGUUGCCGGCGGAAAACAGAUGAACGUCCGCGUGACGACGAUGGACGCGGAGCUGGAGUUCGCGAUCCAGCAGACGACCACUGGCAAACAGCUGUUUGACCAGGUGGUGAAGACCAUCGGACUGCGCGAGGUGUGGUUCUUCGGCCUGCAAUACACCGACUCCAAGGGCGAUCUCACCUGGAUCAAGCUCUACAAGAAGGUGAUGCAGCAAGAUGUAAAGAAAGAAAAUCCGCUUCAAUUCAAGUUCCGCGCCAAAUUCUAUCCAGAAGACGUCGCUGAUGAGCUCAUACAAGAAAUUACACUCAAGCUCUUCUAUCUUCAAGUAAAGAAUGCAAUCCUCUCCGACGAGAUAUACUGCCCGCCUGAGACGUCAGUGCUUCUAGCAUCGUACGCGGUGCAGGCGCGUCAUGGCGACUACAACUCCUCCGUACACGGGCCUGGCUUCCUGGCCAACGACCGCCUGCUGCCCCAGCGGGUCACCGAUCAACACAAGAUGUCGCGCGAAGAGUGGGAACAGAGCAUCACCAACUGGUGGCAAGAGCACCGCGGUAUAUUGCGCGAAGACGCCAUGAUGGAGUAUUUAAAGAUCGCGCAAGAUCUAGAAAUGUACGGCGUCAACUACUUUGAGAUCCGCAACAAGAAGAAUACCGAGCUCUGGCUGGGAGUAGACGCAUUAGGGCUCAACAUAUACGAGAAGGACGACAAACUCACGCCAAAGAUCGGCUUCCCCUGGUCCGAAAUACGGAACAUCUCAUUCAACGACCGCAAGUUCAUAAUCAAGCCCAUAGACAAGAAAGCGCCCGAUUUCGUAUUCUUCGCGCCUCGCGUUCGCGUCAACAAACGUAUCCUGGCGCUGUGUAUGGGCAACCAUGAACUCUACAUGCGACGCCGUAAGCCGGACACUAUUGACGUACAGCAGAUGAAGGCGCAGGCUAGAGAGGAAAAAUUAGCUAAGCAAGCGCAAAGAGAAAAAUUGCAAUUGGAGAUCGCAGCGCGCGAACGUGCCGAGAAGAAACAACAGGAGUAUGAGGAUCGCCUGCGUCACAUGCAAGAGGAGAUGGAACGCUCGCAGGCUAAUCUACUAGAAGCCCAAGAUAUGAUCAGACGGCUCGAGGAACAGCUGCGGCAGCUGCAAGCCGCCAAGGAAGAGCUGGAGCACCGCCAGAACGAACUGCAGGCCAUGAUGACGCGCCUUGAGGAGACCAAGAACAUGGAAGCGGCCGAGCGUGCCAAGUUAGAAGAAGAGAUCCGCACUAAACAGGAGGAAGUGUCGCGCAUACAACAGGAGGUGGAACAGAAGGACACGGAGACCAGGCGCCUGCAGGAAGAAGUCGAGGAGGCGCGUCGCAAACAGGACGAGGCAGCAGCCGCGCUGGCAUUAGCGACGACGACGCCGCAGCACCACCACGUGACCGAGGCGGGCGCCGACGCGGCCGGCAACGACAACGACGCCGGCUCCGACACCGGCUCCGACGCGGGCGGCGGCGACCUCACGCGCGCGCCCGACCACCUCGUGGACCCGCUGCAGGAGCGCACCACGCUCGCGCAGCGCUCCGAGCGCCUGCACUCGCAGCUCAACGCCCUGAAACAAGACUUGGCGCAGUCCCGCGACGAGACUAAAGAGACUGCCAUGGACAAGAUUCACCGCGAGAACGUGCGUCAAGGCAGGGACAAGUACAAGACGCUGCGCGAGAUCCGCAAGGGGAAUACCAAGCGGCGUGUCGAUCAGUUCGAGAACAUGUAAACGGAGAAUUAGACGGCUUUAUAGAUGUUACAGGGGAAGGGAGAUGCGGGCGAUUCUGAACUUUAUGCUAACUAACGUAAGGGUUGAUGUCCUGCGAAUUUAAAGAUACGUUGAAAGUAAAGACUAUAUCAGCUUAAAAAUGUGUUUACGAAAGUAGUCAGUGUCUAUGGUAAUUUGAAUAAAUAUUCGCUUCCUUUCCACCGUAAUGUAUAUUCAGCCUCGUCCCGCACCAUAGGGCCGCGUGCCAACAUCGUGUAAAUAUUGAUUAUUAUUACUUAAUAGUAAUUUUAUUUUAGACCAUAAUGUGCUAUAACCGAAUAAUGUAUACAUUAUUAAAAUACUUGAAGAGGAACGUCUCCAGACGUGUUUAUUAUUAUAUUGGAUGCGCUCGCCGACGUAUCGGAAUCGAUCGAGGCACAUUGUUUUUUUAUUAUUGUAUAAUUAUGUAUUAUGUAAUUUAAGCGAUUCGGAUUUUAUACUUGAACCAUUUUAUUUUUUGCGUCCGUGUACGGAUGCGAGUCGUAGGGCCGUGUGCUUGGAGAUAUCGGUUUUUUUUAUUAUAAUUGAAUAUGGUAGAAUCGUUUUAUGGUAGUUUCGCCUGUUGGUUUAGUGAUACGCGGUCGCGGCGCGCGCGCAAUAGUCGUGUUAAACACAUACGUCGUUGUCGAUACUUAAUGUUUGCGAGUGUUGCUCAAUAAAACAAUUCCGAAGUGUCUUGUCUGAUCGAGUGGCGUGGUGAAAGGGUGGGGGCGUCGCCCCUUAUUUAUUUUUAUAAUCAUUUAUAUUUUAGAUAUAUAGAAAUUAGAGAGCUUUUCAAUCUGUAAUUAUUAUUAUUGUCAUUUUUUUUUCGGAUCGGUCUCGUUGUUCCAAUUCUUGAUGUUUCUGUACAUUUAUGCUGAUAUUAUUUUAUAAUUAUACAUUCUUUAUUAAUGUGUGUAGUCGGUAUGUUCGCCUGAAUGCCGCGUGUUGACGUUAUAUGCAAAUGCAAACAAUCGGCCUACGUUUCUGUCUACUGUAAUAUCUGAACAAAAUUUUUCGAAAGUAGUCACUUGUCGACUAUUAGAUAUCGUAUGCGAAUAGGAAGUGUAUAAUUUAAUGUUUAAGUGAAAAAAGGCAUUCCAUAAGUUAGCGGUGGCGUUUACUCAGUUUUGAUGAAAAAAAACUAUUUAGAAACGAGGAUGAACUUGUAGUUGCAAUAAUGUUUGCGUUUCGUUUUAAACAUAAGUGCCAUCCGUUGCAUGUCCCUGGUUGUUCAGAGUCAGCGUUUUAUAUCUAGAGGCUUCUUUCACAACUCUCACACCCUUCAAUACUCUCGGCCAAUUGACUAAUUGUUGACAUACAUACAAACGGCGCUCCUCCCGUAUCCAUUGUGAAGGAGGCCCCUCGUUUUCCUUUGAACUCGUAACAGUAUUUUACCUACUUACUAUUUAUCUUGUCAUUAUUUUCUAAAAGUAUACAAUACCAUGUUGCCUUUCAAAUUUUAGGAUGACUUUUUUCCAAUAAAAUUGUUUAAGUAAAUAA